AUGCCCGACGAGACUUCGCCAGUCGCAAGGAUGACUGCUCUCCAGAACUCAAAGGGAACCAUUGCAUCGACAAGGAAAAUGGAGAAAAUUAUCUACGACUUCUACACUGAUCUCUUCGACAGCCAUGUCCACUUGCCUCCUUACCAUCUGAGGGAAAACGGACACGUCAUUCCCGAGGUUCUGCCGCCCGAAGUACGACAUGCUCUCAUGUUGGUAAGAAAUUGUACGCACCCGGUCACCCGGUCUCGACAGAAUAAAACCAGAACUCCUGAAGAACCUUCCGCCAAUACUCACCAACACCCUAGCAAGGCUCUUUACACGGUACCUGUUGGAAUGCAAGGUUCCUAA